ACACAGCCUUUUGUGAUUCACAGAGCUAUCGCACGUCUUCGAGUGGCUUUGAAUAAAAUGCACGAGUCAUAUGAACUGCUUUAAUUGUGUUUUUAUGGUUCUAUUAUGUCAUUUUUGGAGCUUGACAGUAACGAACGUGACUAACACACAGUAUCGGAUUUGGAUCGGGCUUGUCAGACCGAUACCUGAUCCAUCUAAAAGCUUCAGUAUCGGAGCGGAUCAGUGCAUCCCUACAUGAAAUUGCCAAAUAAUAAUAAUAAACUCUUAUUUAGCACUAUAUUUACUCAAAAUUUCACACAAAACUUUAACUUUGUAAAAUAGAAUCUUUAAAAAAGUUUCUUCUGAUUUCUGUUUAGUCAUCCAAUCUUAGUAAUUUAUUUGCACUUGAUGAAAUUGUUAAUAUAUUAGGAAAAAGGAAACAAAAGUACACACAGUAGUCCAGCAACCAUGGAUGGCAUGUCCACAUUAGCAAUCGCAUUUAAUCACAAAAGACCGAAUCAAACCGAUUGUACAUAUAGUGCACAGUAAAUAUUACAUUUACUUAAAGUGCAUGUGAGGUGCUUUUACUCUGAAGUUGCUUUCAUGCGCUCAUGCGGAUCCAGCGAGCAGCAAACAGUUUACACAGCCGGGAUCACCUGCUUGGAUUGUCACGGUCUGAUCGUCAUGCAACAUUUGUAAAUCAGAGGAACUGAGUUUUGAUCCGGGCUGACAGAUGCUUCAAAGAAAUAUAUUAUACGAGCGCUCGACAGAAAGGAAAUUCUGGAUUUUUGUGAGCUGGCAGCAGUGAACAUGGAGUUCUUGUCGCACAAACCAUAACCUUAAUCCCACUGCAAGGUGGGAAAUCCUGGCAGUGAGGGCACUUCCUCCAUCCAGCCCACCUCUCAUCUCAUGUUGCUCCUCUUGAGGCGUUUUGGCAAAUGAGGCACCCAGAGAUGCCAGCUACUUCAAGAAAGAGCCCUUGGCAAGGCAUCCACGCAAAUUAACCCAAGCACACCUUCACUUUCAGUAUUCACUCCCUGUUCUGCCACACUCAUUUGGAGGAUGAUCACAUGCUGAUUUUCCCUCACCAGACUCCACCCUUGUCCCUGGUCUUCCGGUGUCCAGUGGGAGAAAGCUCUUGAUAUGGCAAGGGCUGCCGUCUAAAGAAGCUGCUGUAUUGUGGGAUGAGAUAAGAGGUUGCAUGCUACGCAGCCCAUUGCCACCAAUGGAUGCCAAGCUGCGAGAAGACCUGUUUCGCAGGUAUGUGGCAUCUCUGGAGAAUCGGCUCGAGGAGGGAGCUGGUGAUGGAGGAGGAGACAAGCAAGGAGCUAGGACUGAGGAGGCACUGAUUUCUACAGCAACUGCACUGCUGGGCUCAUACCGGCCAGAUCCAGGGCAACGCUUUCGCAUGGUGCGUUUCUACGACAUUGCGGAGAACUCGCUGCGGACUCAAAGGGCCGCAAACCUGCAGACCUUGGAGACGGCCUUUGCAACACUGGAAACCAUCUGUACAAACUUGCUGCUCUUUCCAUGGAAGAAAGAGUUCCGUUGCAUAAAGACCUUCACAGGGCCGUAUGUGUACCAGUUGCAGUCGGUGAUAUGUGACGCAGAGCUACGUUCACUGCUGCGUUCCAUGGGCUAUUCAAGAGACCAGGAACUGCAGUACAACGUUAGGGACCAUCCAGGCGGAUUUACCCACCUCCGACAGCUGGCCUUUGAAUUGCUCCUCGCCCAGGCUGAAUGCCGUUUACUUGCUGAGGUGGUAUCUAUGUCUCGGGGUUCAGCCUCAGAGCUGGAGGCUGUGGAAGUGAGGAGGAGCACCAGGGAAGAUGCUGCCGGGUGUGCGGACGCCCUCCGCCGACGGGACAGCCUUACAGGAGAUUUGUCCCGCCUGUCUGUGCGGCCGGUAGAUAUCGAACGUGCCCACCUCAGGCGAAGCGGCCGGCCGUCCAAGUCGGUGGAUGUAACCGACAGUGCUGGACACUGGCACCAAGCCAGCAAGCCAGUGCUGAAGGCCUCGCUCAGCCUGCGCAAGGAGCCAUUGUUUGUCGACACAGAAGAGGAGAUGAAAGAUGAAAUCAUCCGACCUAACCUCUCGCUUUACCCCGUGGUGGCUCCACCCUCUUACAGCCCCGUCGCUGACUUCUUCCCUAUUCAGUCACCCCCGUCUGAGCCAUACUCAUACCACUUGUCCUCCCUGGAUGAGGUGGAUUUGUACACUGAGCGGGGCUUGGGUGGGCAUCAGAUGCCCUCUAGGCCUCCUAGCCGGGAGCCGCAAGAAGCCCGGGAUGGUUGGGUUCUGAAGGGGCAUGUGAUGAAGUGCCAAGGCUGUGGCAUGGGCUGCCCUUCGCUGUCGUCUUGCCAGACGUGCGACAUGAUCCUGUGUCCGUCCUGCCACGCGCUAGAACCGGCGCCCUGUUGCGGCUUCCAGGAUUACUCGAAAACUGCCCGCCCUCUGGAUGGCUACAUGCCCAUGAAGGAGAAGCUGUCGGUCUACUCCAACGCCCACACUCACCCUCAUCCCCACCCACUUCCCCAUGCCCAUUCACACUCGCUGUUGCUGGACAAAGCUGUGAUGAGCACCAAGCUGUUUCCCAGUAAAUCUGUGGGUCCCAGUGCCAGCCCGGUGGUCAGCUCCGGCAGCAGCAUCAUAGGUGAGCGGCUGGGUGUAGGCGGCUCCCGCUGCGGCUUUUGCAACAAGCCAGGAGCCUCUCACACUUGCGUGAACUGCUCCAAGGUGUCAUGCGACACAUGCAUGAGCCUUUACGCCAGUGAUGGGUGCACCCGCAAAACCCCUCACCAUAACUUUGUGCCCAAUCACCAACUCAAUUUCAAAUCCAGCUCCAUAUCUCACCUCGUAUAUCGAUAGACCAGGAACAAAGCUACAGUUGUGCACUACACCUUCUAUCUCUUGUUUUCCACCCUCUGUUUUUUUUAAUUUUUUUUUAUUUAUUUACCUUUUCUGCUUCCUUUCUCAGUUGGCAAUUGUUUGGUUUUGGUCAUGUGAUCUUGCAGUGCAUUUCCUGUCCCUCGGUAGCUUUAUCAAGAAGCAAGCAGAACAAAGAAAAAAAAAAAGCUCUUUGACCAGAGAAAUCCUUCCAGUAUCAAUGUUUGUUAGCUUAAAAACAUGCAGUGCAUAAGAACUGUAAAUGUUUAGCAUUCUUCUCCCUGGAAUUAAAUCGAAGAACUUUUCAAACUUGAACAACAGAAAAAAAAUAACAUUACACUGGAAGUAAAUAGUAUAUAUUUUGAAUUGUGACUAUAUAUCUAAGACUAUUGGUUUAAUGGUGGGUGGUUUUCCUUGGUGAAUGGGGUUUCAGUUGUGAAUCUGUACUUUCUGUUAAGUCACUAUAUUGAGUCCUUUGACAGGAAAUGCCUUGUGGGUUUACCCCUAUGAAGUCAGCCUACGCUGUUCAAAAUGCUGCUGUUGAAAGUAAAACCAGGAGGGGGCACUCCUGGACACAAACAUAUUUUGCAAGCGCCAUGAAACUCUGCCUAUGCUCAUAUUUGCAAAGUUUAUGCAUGUAUGAGUAUAUCAAAUUAGAUGUUUUUUGUUGUCAGUCUGAUUUUCCUUUACAUAAUCUGUCUAGUUAAGGGUGUAAUUUAUUGCAUUUGAGAAUAAUUUAAUACGCUACUACACUGGCUAUCAUUAGAUACGCUUUCAGAAUUUAUGUGUUAAUUUUGUAAUUAAUUAAUUAUACAGUAAAUUUAUGAUUGUUUGUACAUGGAACAAUCGUUAAUAAAAGUACUACUACUAGGCUAAUCGUACAGAGAAAUGUCCGAGUUAUGUUUCACCCCAAAAUAAAUAAAUAAAAGUCCGAAAUUAUGUUUUGCAUGAAGAAAAUGAAACCUAUUUUCAGGACCAUUAAUUCUGUUUUGUUUGUUUUAAAUGAAAUCAGCAUAUUCAAUUCAGUAAAACAAACUCUACAAUGAUACUUUUAACUGGGUUUUACAAAUGUAAUUUACCAUUUAAUACUUUUCACAUUACAGUAAUGAUAAUGAUUUUUUUAUUUUUUUAUUUUCAUCUUAAGCAUCAUUUUCUUUAUUCAACAUAUUUUUUUAUUUUGAUUUCAGGGGUAAAAUAUACAAGAGCACCUUACAGGACAAGGAGGGAACUUAUUUUCUGAAAUACUUUUGGGUUUCCUCGCAAUUAUUUUUUCCAUCACGAAAAUGUAACCAUGGUUUUACUACAGUAAACAUAGUUGAACUAUGGUAUUUGUAGUUAAACGAUAGAAACUCAAAUUUACCAUGGUAUUACUGCAUUAACUAUAGUUAACUAUGGUGUUUGUAGUAAAACCAUAACCACAGAAAAUGUUAAUUUGUGGCACAAGUAGGCUAUGGCUUUUAAAACCAUGGGUUCCACCAAAAACAAAACAAAAAACAUGCAUUUCCACAAAGUAUUAAUGGUUUCACUAGAGUAAACCUGCAGUAACCGUGUAACCAUUUUUUGUAGUUAGAAGCAUGGUUUUUGUAUUAACCAUGGUGUUACUAUAGUAAAACUAACCGUGUUUUGUUUUGGGUUUUUUUUUUGGAAGAGUGUUUGAUUUUUAUUACCAUAGUUUUGGUUUUCAUGUGUUAUUAUGAUUUUACCACAACAGUCAUGCGUAAAAUACAGUUUCUGUAGUAAAACCUUGGUACAUUUUGUGGUUUUACAACAAAUACCAUAUUUCAGCUAUGGUUACUAGUUAAAAGUAAUUAUGAGGGAAUGCAAAUCUAUUUCAGAAAAUAAAUUCCCUCCUAGAUUCUAUGAGAUUCACCAUACCAAGUGACUGCUAGUCAUCACACUAGUAUAAUUUCACAACAUUGGAGUCUUUUUUUUUCUUCUUCCCUUAAUGCAACUCUGAUUUUAGCAAGGGUUUUCCAUUUGCUCUGUGCAGUUAACCACUGUUGUGUUUUAUUUUCUGUGCCUGUACCAACAGAACAAAGCCAGUGUUUCAUGUGCAAUCCCCUGUGUUACAUAUCUUUAAUUUCAGAGACUUUUUAACCUGCUCCCUCUGCUGCCUUAGGUAACCUCUCCAAUAACCUGAAGGCGCACUGGUGUCUCAGCAGGACUCAAUGCAUAAUCUGUACGCGGCAUCAAGCGGGGGCCAAAAAAUCUGUCAGGGAAAUAGAAACUAGCACAAGACAUGAAGAUGGUGUGCUGUGAUGAAGUAACGCCAGUAUGUGUUUUUGAGUUCAUGAAACGAGAGUGUUAGUGGAUGCGGUCAGCCUUCCAUCAUUGCCUUUAUCUCUCCAUGAAUGAGACUCUGCUAUAUCCUUUAAUUGUGCAUUUGUUUCCAUUACAUGAGCAGCCAAACAUAUCCUGAUUGGUCUUCACACUCAAGCGACAGCAUGAUUAACCAAUCAAAACUGCUAUGUGCCAAACGCCACAGGCUGUGAAGAUAGCAUCAUACCCUACUUCGUACUGAGGCAGUAACUGAGCCAUUUGAAAGUGAUUUCACACUGAUGAGUGAUAGUUAACCUAUGUUUGACUAAGCCUCUUUCCAAAACACCCCCCACCCCCCAUAUCAUUCUUGUUUUUAAAGGGAUAGUUCACUCCAAAAAUGGGAAUUUUGUUAUCGUUUACUCACCCUCGUGUUGACUUUCACCCUUUUUAAUGACUUUCUUCUACCGAACACAAAAAGAGAACUUUUAAAGAACUGUUCUGGUCCCUCUUUUCUAUACAGUGGCAGUGGAUAUCAGAGCUGGCGAAAAGACUGAAAAACUAAAUUAAAUUUUUUGUCCUAAAUAUGAAAAAAAUUCUGAUUAUUUUGAUAUGUCAGUGACAUUAUUUCAGUUAUGAGAAAAGCUACAGCACAUCAGUGAUCACUAGAUUUUUAGUCCACAAGAGGAUGGAUACAUAAACCAAACAGCACCAUGUUAUGUUGUUUUAUUUGCAAAGAACAUGCGUAACAAAAAUGCAUUCUAUUCUAAACUAUAUUGCAUAAAAUUAUAAAAGUCAAAGGAUUUUUAGACAGUUCAUAUUUUCAAAUCUUAAGUAAAAAAAGGUAAAACAUGAAAAGAAAUGCUUCAAAAGACAGUUCUUUGUAAACUACUCAAAAGCAAAAUGCUUCAGAAUAGCGUCGGUACCACAGUUUUUAAUUAAUUAGUUUUAUGAAUGUCAUGAUGUUCUUUUUACCUUUCGCAGCAUCUAAAAACACAGCGCUCCUGCACGAGACGCUGAAUAAACAGCUGGACGCAGUGCAACAGUCAAAGAUGUCCAUCUAGCGCCUGUUUACAUAUAAAAACAACGGGAAAAGAGCACAGACAGACACAAAAACAGUUCUGUGUAAACGGCCCCUUGUGCUUCAAGACGCAAUGACCAAAGACCUCCACCAAGUCAUCAAAUUUCAACAAACCAGUUUUUACAUUAGAAUGUGCAUUUUUAUUAUAAAUUUGAUGAAUAUUAAAUUUUCAUUUGACAGGCUUAAAAGACAGUGACUUUGCUUUCAAGCUUAAAAGUAGUCCAUGUGACUUGUACUCCAUAUUUCAAGUAUUCUAAAGAUAGAUUUUUGUGAAAAGCAACCAAAAAUUUUAAUAAUUAUUCAAUGAAAACCUUGACUUCCAUUGCGUAUUCAUGCGAGUGCAUGAGAGAAGCUUGUUCACUUAAACCUUUCACUUUGUGUUGUUUAGACCAAAAACUGAAAUACUUUGAUGAUACAUUUGCAUCCUUUUUAAAGCUUGAAAGCAGAGUCACUAGCUAUGUUUCCAUCCAAGUUGCGGAAAUAAUUUAUGCUAAAAAUAUAAAUAUCGCAAGAACUAUUUGCAAAUAAACAGCGUUUCCAUCCCAUGUGUUUAGAGAACAAAGUAGUCACUUAGAAAAUAGCAAUGAAAAUCACAUGACUUUUUGAUGCACAUGUAAAUCGCUAUGUAAAUUCAAUAGGUUUAUAAUUGGCAAAUGUGUUUCCAUCAUAGUUUGCAUGUCUCCUGACCAAAUAAAAAAAAUAUCCACCUUAAAGCCUAUAAGUUUAUUAUGCACAUUUUUAAAACUUUAUUUGCAUCUUGGUUUUUCCAUCCAGCAUUUUAAAAUAUGUGAAUGGAAACUAAACGCAUCUAAUAUGCACUGAUUUUUGUAUUGAACAGAGGGACUGGGAUGUUUCUUCAAAAUCCCCCUUUUGUGUUCCGCUUUAUAAAGAAAGUCAUAUGGAUUUGGGAUAGCUCGAAGGUGAGUAAAUUACAGAAUUUUUGGGGUUAACUAAUCUUAAUCUGUGUGUGUGAUGAUUUCACUGGAGAUGAACUGCUGGUGAUGAGUGAUUUGACCCUGGCGUGUCCCCCAUAGACACACAGUCCGUGGCUCCUCACAUUCUCCAUGUCCAUAAAGCAUUAUUCACAUAGCUGAAAAGGCCACAAUGGGGGGGGGGGGU